UGGUAGUAUUUUUUACACAUCACAAUACGCAACUGAAAUUCUCUCUUCCCAAUAUAUGAAGUUCUUCUCGGAACUUGGAUCUUGUUGGGGCGGCGCAAUGGUUAGCCCAGCGGCGGAGGCUGGGCCGCAGGCGGAGGUGCAGGAAGGAAUUCGCUGCACAACGCGUAAGAGGCUAACAAAAGUGAAGUCCAGCGGCGGUGCUAGUAGGCAUUGGAAGCCGAACCUCAACUCGAUCUCCGAGGACAACCCGUUGCUAGAGGCGAACAGAGGCGGAGGCGUAAACCGAAGUUCCGCCGGUGUCGAUGACCGGAAACGGCCGCUGUUCAGACUCAAAUCGGCGGCGAAGGAUAUGCGGUCGCUAAGUCACGGAGAGGAUUACUGGAAAUCUUGCCAGGCGAUGGCGUUGCCGGCGUUCGCUCCGACGUCGUUUUUGUUCUGAAUUCCAAACAGCAGGAGCUUUCUUCCUCUUCUAUAUGAUGAUGAUGAUGAUAUACUCAAACUUGUAUAUUCCUAAGGCAGCAGAUAUUCUUUCUACUUUGUUGAGUUUGAUAUGUAAAAUCCCAUGUUGUGGAUUUCAUGAAUUGCAUAUAAACUUUUUCCCUUUUAUUGGCAAAGUACUUAUAUUUCUAGCUCUUCCAAUUUUGUUGAA